GCACCGAGCGCAGUCGCGAGAAUUCGUCGUUGCCCUGUCCCAGCCCCUUAAACGCCCUUGAAACAAACGCGACACUCCGAGUGCCAUGAACAGGUCCCUUUAAAAGAAUUGAAUACUUGAAGCAUCAUCGGGGAUGCUGAGGAAUUUCGGGAAGAAAAAAACCGCUACGAUCGCGGUUACAUAAACGCGCAAUUAUCGUAAAAAACAAAAAGCCGAGAUCCUGGUCGUAUCGAUUGGUCCAGCGUUUCGCAUCUCGGCUUUCCUUCUCGUCUCAAAAGUCUCGUCAUCUGCGUGAAAAAAAUUAUUGCUCAUCGCGCUGCGUAACCACGAGAAUUCCUGCGCAACAAUAAUUUUAUAAAAAGUGACAAAGUGAGGUGAAGAAAAUAUAGCUGGGCAAAAAUUAGAAAAAUUAUAUUUCCAUUCAGAAAGAAACGAAUUCACUUAUCGUGAGAGAACGAAGGCGGAAGGUAUCGUCGUACGGAGGCGUUACGAAGGUGUGCGUGUCCGUAAGAGUCAAGAAAGGUGGAGGGGGUCACGAGGACGUCGAGUACACGUGAUUCUCGUAUACAAACGCUGUGAGCUGUGACUCCUCACUCCUCAGUGCUGAGAUAGCUCGCGAGCUGUCCGGUUUAUCCGUAAUUCUUCGAAGCGACGAGCAACAUCGCGGAAAGAACGUAUUAUUUUUCCACUAAUUUUUCUUCUUUGUUCAUACAAUUGAGUGGGGGAAACAAAUGGCGAGCGGUUCGCAAAACUCGUGGCCAAUUUGAGGCUCUCGUUCUUUUGCCCCUCAAACGUCAAAACAUUUGUGAAAUUCUCGAAGGCACGAAGUCGCGUGUUUCUGUAAACGACGCACGCUCCCACAUCGACUACGCAUUUUUAUUCAAAUCUCUCAUUUUCCGCUCACGAAUAUACGACUCUUUUAUUAUUCUGUGAUUUGACCAUUUUUUCACUACUUUCCCGAGAUGGAAUUUAGAUUCAACGUCAAUCGGCUUCUGCCGAGGAAAAUUAACAAGAUCAGCCACACUCUUGUUCCCGAAGACUUUCGUGGCAAUCGGACUGAAUUUAAGGAAUGCCAAAGAUUGCUGUCCCGAGUACUGGACGAAAUGGGCGAGGCCUCGGCGAUCGCUCAAGGACUCAGCAAGCCGAUAACGAGCGCUUACAAACUCCGGGAUACCGAUCACCUGGUUUAUCUCUUGGUCGACAGCCAAGGAAACAAUGGUCUGGGCACCGUAGUGGGACUCUUGAAAACAGGCUCAAAGAAUCUUUUCAUAUUCGAUGAGAACGGGCUUCACUAUCAGCUCCAGCCGAGAUGUAUCCUCGACUUCUACAUCCACGAGUCGCGACAGCGUAUGGGACUUGGGAAUGUCCUUUAUCAGCAUAUGCUCGCGGAGGAAAAAAUCAAACCGGUGAAAUUGGCCAUAGAUCGACCGUCGGAAAAAUUUCUACAGUUCCUUCGAAAACAUUAUGGCCUCGACAGGGUCAUACCGCAGAACAACAAGUUCGUCGUAUUUCAAGGAUUCUUCGACGAUGAGUGCCAGGACGCCAAGUCCAGUCGAUAUGGACCGGGAGGAAUGGUCGACGACGAUUCUCAAGGAAAUAAUAAUAACAAUCACAAUUCUGGGAUGAAUAAUUGCAAGAGCGCCUCCAGCAACAAUGGUGCUCCAUUUUCGGGCGUAUCUCGUAGCGCUUACGGAAGAUAUGCUGCGGCUCGACCGCCUUGCUCUAUGGCCAACAUAAUCCAUAAUUCCGCAGUACUUGGUCAAACGACCGAGCGUACAGGAGAGAUGGAAAGAGCAAGGGCAACGAGUAAACUGGAGCGUCCACGUUCGCUGAGUCUGUAUUCAGGGGAUGACCAAAAGCAGCGAAUGAGUGUUUCUGGGUUCGAGACACCGGUGGUGCCAGAGAGUAGAUCCGCUGUGCCUUCAGAGAGGAUGAGGAUGGAUGAAGCUCGCAGCCGAAAUGCAUCUGUUAGAAUUGGUACAACAGAAACAGAUGGAAAACGAGCGACUUCAGCAGCAUUUGGUCCAAUCGUGAAUCAUGAAACAACGCAAGCUUUUUCUGCGAUGAGCUUGGAAGCUGAGCCAGAAGUAGAGAAGUCUGUGAACAUUGUCGAAAGUGUCAAACCACCGCAAUCUGCUUCUCAUGAAAAUAUUAAACGAGCUCAAACCCCAUUUUCUUCAACGCAUCGAGAGGAUCCUCAUUCAGAAAAAACCACAACUUCGGAGGAUAUAAAACCUUUGACUUCAUCAGGCAAUAAACAUUCCACUCCAAACAGCAUGAAAACUCCAACUUCUGGGAGCUCUGGCGGCGUCAAAGCUUCGCCUUCUUGCGCCCAAGAAGUCGGGGGCAAUCAAUCUACUCAUUUGGAUCUGAAAUUCUAUCAUUCACCCUUGUGGUAGAGAAAAUAUUCAGUAGGAUUCAUUCAUACUCAACUUUUAUCUUUUUCUUUGUUCUGGAUUUUACACAAUGAUAUUGUUUUUGAGUGUUUCCAAAAUUUUAGUAAUUACUGACGAUGAAAAUAUAAUAUUAUUGUCACCCCAGAAUAAGAUAAGGUUUUAUUAUUUCCAUCAAUGCCUCAAUGAAGUAAUUUUCUGUGAUUUAUGUCCAUUAGGAAUAGAAUAUGUUUGAUCUGAAUUUCAUUCCAUCAUAUUUACGUUUAUUUAAUUUCAUAACCAUUGUUUGGUUAGUUGUAAUUUAUAUUGAACAUAGAAACUGAAUUGAAUUGUUUAGCUUUGAAUUUUAAUUCAACGUGGAUUAUUUAUUUAUUAUGUUCACCCAAUUAAUCAGUUGAACUUUGUUAGAUUUAUUAUUGUUUCAAUUCUACGAAUUCAAUUAAUUGUCGAGUCAAUUGAAGAGAAACUUGUAUUUGAUAGGUAUUAUCAGGGGAUCAAAAUGUAAUUGUCCAUUAUCUAUACAGUAACAAAACUCACUCAGCAAAUGUAUGAAAUGUGAAAUUUUUUUGCCAAUUCCAGUGAUUUUUGUAACUGGCAAUUCAUAAACAAAAAGCACACAUGAAAUUGGUCACAAUAGGUGGAAAGUGUAUGAAAAUUCCGUCAUUUUGAUAUAGUUGAUAAAAUAAUAUGUAAUACACACUGUAGUUCGAUGAACAUUUGACGAGUAAAGAUGGUACACCAAAUUUACUGUCGAUCACUAUAGCUCUAUAUAUGAUUAAUGUAGAAUUGAUUGAUAAUUUUGAUGUAUUAUGGUACAGGAACGCACACAAUGAGAUACUGAUUGUAUAUGCUAUGUUAUAUUAUAUUUGGAAAUAUGCACGUAAUUAACGAGAAACACCCAAGAAACAUUUUAAAAGGCACGAUGAAAAUUCGCUGAUUGGAUGCAAAUCGACGCCGGAAAAGCUAUUGACAGCUAAAUGUACAGAACUAAAAUCAGAUCGUCCGAACUUUAAUACAUUUUUUUAGAAAUUGGAGUAAAUGACAUUUUUCGAGAAAUUCCAAUGCCAUUUUUUCGAAAAAACACAUCGCAUAUGUACGAAGUUGAAUGAAUAAAUGAAUCCAAUCAUUCUUGAUAA